GAAACUUUUUCCUAAGUUAUGUGUGGAGGCAUCUAAAAAUAAACAAUAUACUGGGCACAGAUGUUCAUAGGGACGUUAUAUUAUACAAUUUUAAAUUUUUGUUUUAAAUUACUUAACAGUGGCUUGGAGACCGCACGGAUUAUUUAGCAUAGAGAUAUGUCGAAUGAAGAUCGGAUAAGAUUUAUAUUGUCAGAUUUGGGCAAAGCAACACUAAGAGGAGUAAAAAAGUGCCCAAAAUGCGGAACAUUAACCGGAUCAAGAGGAUUGUCUUGUAAAAAUAAAUACUGUGAUGUUAUCUUCAAAGAAAGUGGAGACAGGUGUAAAUUAUCAACCAAGGCAUGUAAAUUAAUUACAAAUUCUCUGGCUCAAAUAUUUUCAAUAAGAAUCCGCGGUAAGGGUCCACAUUACCGAGGAUUCGUUCAGUUGCCGGUUGUCAAUGCGACAGUACAAAAUGACAUGACGACAGUCAUCACCAAGACCUCGUCACUGUGCUUCGUUGAGAGCUGUCAAAAGAGCUUUGACACCGGAGUGCUCCAGUGUCACGAGGAAGACAAGGAUGCUGAUAAGGAUGAAGUUUCUUCAACUUGUCAGCAUAUCCAGGCUGCCUACAAGUGCUACGCGGAAGCGCAGCCAUUGCCUCUGAAAAAUUCUUUAUUGUCGACGCUGAAUGUUAGCUGCGAGAUGAAGAAAAAAAUUUGGUGCCUGGCUACUGAAUCGAUUGGUCCACUAGUGCAGAGGAUAUCUAAAAAUAUAAUGGCUGUUAAGUGUAAGGCUUCGCCUAAACAUCCACUCGGUUAUUUGCACAUUAUUUUUUUUACUAUUAAAGUUAAAGAUAAAACGGAGUUUAAAUAUACUUGCGAGUGUCCUAAUCCUAAUGACUCAAAAGCAAAUGAUAAAAAUACGGAUAAAUCGACUUCAGAGUCUAAGACAAAGGAUAAAAAAUGCGUACAUUUUUACGCAAGUAUUUGUGCCUUUAAAAGCGACCCGAAAUUAUGUGAAGAGUUUGACUACUACAUAAAUAUGGACGAGAAUGAGCGCAAAGAACAAAAACAGCGUGAGCAGGAAAUGAGGAAGCAAUUAGAAUUGCAGAAGAAGCAGCAGCUAAAUGAAACAAGUCUGCAACAAGAUGCUGAUAAAUUAAUUGAAAUAGAUUUUAUUAACAAUAUUUUAACAGAUUUUGGAUCUUUGGAUGAUCACCAUUUACUUAUUCUGGAUGACGCAUUCAAUGAGUCUCAAGGGUUUGAUGAAAAACUGGAUAUAGACAGUAUACCAAUUGAUCCAAAUAUACUUCAGAGUAGUAUUGGAGAGAUGAAUAUUAACCAAGACGAAUUGACAAACAGUAUCGAUGAUGUGAUUGAUGCUAGUUUAGGAGAGUCGACCUUCGCAGAUUUACAAACAACAAAUAUUGUUGAUCAAUCCCUGACUGUUUCUAAAUACAUUAUUAAUGAUGAAGAGAAUGGAUAUUUAUUUAAUAACGACUAUAGUGUACAUACAUAUAUUGAUGACCAAAAUAUAGGAUUAGAAAAUAUAGAUGGAACGAAAGUUAAUGCAAACAAAUUUAGUACAACUAAACGUAAAAACAUAAAUAUUGUUGAUGUCAGAACGUUACCUAACAGUAAAAUGAUAUCAUCGAUAAAACGCAAGCUAGAUAAUGUGAAUGAAUCCUCGGAUUUCGGUACUAUUAGUUCUGUAAUUAGAGAUAGUCAUGAUGAAAAAAUCGUACAAAGCAACAAAGCUAGUCAAUUAAAUGUGAAGAGAGCUAGGACAAACCACCUAGUGAUAAAGAGGCGUAAUAAUCAGUACAAGAAAAAUGAAAAUUGUCAUGAGAAUGUUAAUGAGAGUAAUCUUAAUGUGUCUUUUAUAAAAUGGCUAUCAUCGGUCACUGAGAGGAUAAAUCAGACGAUGCACUUCCAGUUCAAUGGCAAACCCGAGCCGCUGGUUUUCCACGUGCCUCAGGUAUUUUUUGAUUGCUUGCGCGAGCGAAUCUCCUGUGGCGGCAAAAAAAAGCGGCUACCUAAUUCGAUCACCGCUUUUGUUAGAACGGACGCAGUGCCUCUGGGCACUUUUACCAAGUACACCUGGUUAAUAACUAAUAUAUUUCACGUCAAGAGUAUUUUCGAGACUCCGAUUAUCCCCCUGGAGAUUACUCGGAGCUUCAUUCAAAAUUCUGAUGGUUCUUAUGAAUUAUAUAAGCGACAAGAGACGGAUAUUGAUCACUUUAAAAAAACUGAUAGAAAUGCUUUGAUAAAACCUUUGGAAUUAAAAACAUUUUUAAAAGUUGGAUAUACGUCACCGAAUCAACGAGAACCGACGCCGUUUGUAAUCGAGUGGAUACCAGACCUACUACCUGUAUCCAAAAUAGGAGAAUUGAGGAUAAAAUUUGAAUUUGAUCAUAAAAAAAAAUGAUCCGACUGAUCGCGAGUUGA